AUGGGUUCAUGCAUGUCUAGGGUUACAGAGAUUGAAAACACGACAGACCAGACUCUGGAACUGAGAGAAUGUCCGGAGGGGGAUCCAGAAGGGAAAGGAAGUGAACCAAUUCUGCUUCAUCCGCACAAGUCCAAGUGGAUCCCUGCAACUAUAUUCUGUCAACACAGCCACGAUGCCGCUAGACCACGGCACUUAAUUCUGGUUUCCUCCAACGGGGGUGGAGGGAAUCCUGAGACCUUCGCCACAACUGAUUUCAUCACCUUCGAAAAGUUCGUUAUCUUUCCUAGAGAAAACGGGAACAUCAGGGUCCAGACAUCCCGUGCUAAAGGGACCGGAUUCCGAAGAAUCAAGUAA